AUGUCAGUGACUUCCAUGGAACUUCUGGCACUCUUAUUCGCAGUGUUUAUUGGCACUGCAAUCUCUCGCUUUGUUUUCCAUCUUACGAGGUUGAUCUACCUCUGGACUGUAUUCGACGACGAGAAAACGACCGCGUUUGCAACGCACUACGACUCUGAUUCCCCCACAAUUGGGUACAGAGAUGAAAAGAUUCCCAACCUUUCCUCUUGCAAACGCGAUCGUUGCCACUCCGAUGAUCAGGCCAACAAAGAAAGAACCGUUUCCGAAACCGUGAUUCAUAUGCCCCGCAUCUCCUCGACACUGUACCCUCGACAUCUCCCCCUACUUCCUCCCAGCCCUCUCAUUCCUCGCGGAGAAGAGAAAGCUCGAGCUCAUGUAUGGGGUCCAGCAACAAAGGUCACGAAACCAGGCAAAAGAAGGUUCCGCCGCAUCGCAUCCCAAAUUUAUCCUCACUCGGAUAACGCUGCGUUCGACUGGUGUUAUUAUGCCACUGUCCAUCAUCCCAGAGUCGUUUCUCUCAAUCCUACCGCGCGUCGGAUGGUCAUGCCCCUGCCAGAGCCGACUACAGUUGCUGUCGCAAUUAACGCUCGGAAGUCGGCUAAGAUGCAAGGUCGACCAUUCUUUCUCCCCGCACCCAGGACCGCGUCGUCUCAAUGA